GACCCUCGCUCCGGCCGCCAGGGUCCGCUGUGACGCGGCUCGGGCCUGGCCGCUCUAGCCUCCCCUGGGGACGUCGCUGUCCUUACCUUCGGCAGGAGCCCGCGCCUCCGUCUUUGCGCCCGCUGGCCCUCCGCUCCGUCCUGCAGCUACCCACUGCCCGCUUGCCGCCCACCAUGGCCCUGCUGCACUCCAGCCGCAUCCUGUCCAGGGUCGCCGCCGCCUUCCACCCAGGCCUCGCGGCCGCGGCUUCUGCCAGAGCCAGCUCUUGGUGGGCCCAUGUGGAGAUGGGGCCCCCAGAUCCUAUCCUGGGAGUCACAGAAGCCUUUAAGAGAGACACCAACAGCAAAAAGAUGAAUCUGGGAGUUGGUGCCUACCGGGAUGAUAAUGGAAAGCCGUACGUGCUUCCUAGUAUCCGGAAGGCAGAAGCCCAGAUUGCUGCAAAAAAUUUGGACAAAGAAUACCUGCCCAUCGGGGGACUGGCUGAAUUUUGUAAGGCAUCUGCAGAAUUAGCGCUGGGUGAGAACAGCGAAGUGUUGAAAAGUGGCCGGUAUGUCACCGUGCAGAGCAUUUCUGGAACCGGGGCCUUAAGGAUCGGAGCAAGUUUUCUGCAAAGAUUUUUCAAGUUCAGUCGAGAUGUCUUUCUGCCCAAACCCACCUGGGGCAACCACACGCCCAUCUUGAGGGACGCUGGCAUGCAGCUGCAGGGUUAUCGGUACUACGACCCCAAGACGUGUGGCUUUGACUUCACAGGUGCUAUGGAGGACAUUUCAAAAAUACCACAGCAAAGUGUUCUUCUCCUGCACGCCUGUGCCCACAAUCCCACGGGAGUGGACCCUCGCCCUGAGCAGUGGAAGGAGAUAGCAGCGGUGGUGAAGAAAAACAAUCUCUUUGCGUUCUUUGACAUGGCCUACCAAGGCUUUGCCAGUGGUGACGGAAACAAGGACGCCUGGGCCGUACGCCACUUCAUCGAACAGGGCAUUAAUGUUUGUCUCUGUCAGUCCUAUGCCAAGAACAUGGGCUUAUACGGUGAGCGUGUGGGAGCCUUCACUGUGGUCUGCAAAGACGCUGAUGAAGCCAAAAGGAUAGAGUCACAGUUGAAGAUCUUGAUUCGCCCCAUGUAUUCCAACCCUCCUGUCAAUGGGGCGCGGAUUGCCUCUACCGUUCUGAACAGCCCCGACCUGCGCAAACAAUGGUUGCAGGAAGUGAAAGGCAUGGCUGACCGCAUCAUCAGCAUGCGGACUCAGCUGGUCUCCAACCUCAAGAAAGAGGGGUCCUCCCGCAACUGGCAGCACAUCACCGACCAGAUCGGCAUGUUUUGUUUCACAGGACUAAAGCCUGAACAGGUGGAGCGGCUGACCAAGGAAUUCUCCAUCUACAUGACAAAAGACGGCCGUAUCUCUGUGGCAGGGGUCACCUCAGGCAACGUGGGCUACCUUGCCCAUGCCAUUCACCAGGUCACCAAAUAAUUUCCCUGACAAGAGGAAACAGAGACAACCUUGCUGUCACCUCUGCUGUUGUGAGAUUCACAUGGAGGAAGAGGGAGGGUGGCUGGUGGUGAGCGGAUCAUUUCUUUCAACCACAGUACUUAAAACUCAGCAUUUGAACGUGUUUCUCAGAAGGAAAAACAAAAAACAAAAACCAAAAAAAACCAUGUAGGUAAAUAGGUAGAGGCAUCUGUGUGGAACUUUGUGGCUCUGAACCAAACUCUCCCUCAUCUUUGUGUCUCCAGCUUUUCCGAGUUUACA